CCAAAAAAAAAAAAAAACGAGAACGCUAUUGACAUUGUGAAACCACGGUGACUCUAUAAAGGGGAUAACAAUUGAUGAAUCAGUGUGGUAAAAAAAAAAAAAACUAUUUGAGUCGCGGUCAGCGUUCUCAGCAUCAAUCUUUCCCUUCUUCCUUGUCUCAUGUCACAUCACUCAUCUGCGCAAAUGGCUGCAAUGAUGAUGGUAUCCAUUGACGAUCGCUUUUCCCAUCAUCGUACUUCCCCACCUCAUCCUUUCACUCCCACUUCAUACCCCAGUGAUACGCAUUUAUUCUACGAUCAUAGCCCCUCCUCGACAUUACUGCCGAACAAAGAAUCAAGGUACACUGUCCCUUCGUCUAGCAAAUCUGUACCCUGGUUGGAUUUACUGUACAGACUAGAAUCUGGUACUAUGAAUGCCAGUGAUAGCAGUGGCACCAGUAGCGACAGUAGCCAUCUCUCCGAUCAUCCGUUUGCUCAGUUUUCUGGUGCGAAUGGUAGAAGCGCAUGGACAAGCUCCGACUUGACGAUGAGCGGCAUCAAAAAUGCUUCAAGAGCUGUGCAUAUACGCAACAUUGCAUCCCAUGUCAACGAAAAAGCAUUGUUGGAAGCCAUUCAGAUGAACGGUGACCUGAAGGCGAUCUGGGCUGAACAUCUACACACAAGGCAUGAAAUGAUUGUGGUGUACUUUGAUGUCCGAGACGCAUAUAGGCUAGUUCUCAAGGCUGCUUUAGCCAUACAAGAAAGUGACCCGUUUUAUGGAACUUGGGUGACUUACUGUACUGCCGAACAAAUGUCAAAGAUACACGGAAUCAAUAUUCAAAAGAACAGUGAAUUCAUGGUUAGAGUUAGCGGACAUGAUUUAUCACUUGCCACGGAUAUUCUGGCUCGCUUUGGUAGUCUCCAAAGUCUUUGUCCCAACCCCCUUUUCUAUUCUGACCGACAGAUAUUUGUUGGAGAAUACUUUGACGAACGUUCAGCCAUCAAAGCAACCCAGGAACUGCAUAACCACAUUAUUCAGGAAAGGAGAACUGAAUAUGGUGCAAAGCAACAAGAAACCAUCAAUGCAUUCCUACAACGACUGAAAACUUUCAAGCACAUGGCCGAUGUAAAAUUAGAAGACGUCGUCGACACGCCACUUCCGGAAAGUGAAGAUGAUUCCGCUAAGUCUAAACCACCUGGCCGUACCACAUCACCGACCAUCAAUAACGAAAUUGACAUCGACCGAAUUCUCAUGGGUUUGGAUAAACGCACGACUUGCAUGAUUCGAAAUAUUCCGAACAAGUAUACGCAGCAAAUGUUGAUCGAAUGCAUUAACACCACGCACAACGGCGCAUACGAUUUCCUCUACCUCCGCAUCGAUUUUAAAAACAAGUGCAACGUCGGAUAUGCAUUUAUCAAUUUUAUUGAACUUCGAUCGCUUGUUACUUUUGCACAACAGAGAGUGGGCAGAAAAUGGAAUCGCUUCAAUUCAGAGAAAAGAUGUACCUUGUCAUAUGCCAAUAUACAGGGCAAAAAAGCGCUCGUCGAAAAAUUUAGAAACUCAAGUGUCAUGGACGAAGAAGCUAGCUACCAGCCUAAAAUCUUUGUUUCAACUGGCGUGCACCGUGGUGAAGAAGAGCCUUUUCCUCAGCCGACGUUGCCUUCAGAACUCCGUAAACGCAAGCAACGCUUGACAUCAAGUCACAGAUCGUCCACUUUUCUGGAUUACUACCGUCAUAACGAUACCAGCAACUCUGGUGACGACUGAGAUAAGACCACCACCUCCCAACGCCAUGUCGCAACUUUGUCGUUCACUGGCUAUACCACUCGUAUUUACCUUUUGCGUAUAUAGAUUGAUCUAUUUCCUCCAUUCUUUGCUUACAUGA